AUGUGCAUUGCAACCUCACCCAGCACCUUCAACCCCGCAAGAGCCGCUGCUCAGGCACAAUACCCUGCAGUCUCUGCGCUCAGCUUCAAAUCGAGUGCAGAUUCACUUUUCCGUAUCGCCGCGGGCGACGAGGCUGCAGCUUCGCCUGCAGCUACACAGGAUUGCAAUGAGCCCGCAGCUCCUACAUGGGCCAUGCAGAGCCCUGUGACCAUGGGCAAGUUUGCAACGUCACAAUCGGUGCCGACCCAGGUCAACUCGACCGUUCAGUCAUCUCGGAACUCACCAGAGCCGGCGCAGACUGAUCGCCAGGGCCACUAUGUUGGCCCAGCAUCUGGGGCUUCAUUCCUUCUACGUCUGCAGCACAAACUGCAAGUUCCACCUUUGGCUUCGUCUUCUGAAUUAUCCAUCUUCACAUUUGGAGAUCAGCCGCUACCCGAGAUCAAGUCGAGGUUCAUCAUUCUCCCGCCACGAGCCAAGGCGGAUGCGAUGCUCUGCCGCUAUUUUGAGUACUCCGCCGCAACGCACCGCUUCUUGCAUCGCGCCACAGUCGAGGGAUGGUUGGCAGAAUUAUAUGAGACCGAAGGCCUCAUGAGAGACCAGAGUGAUGCGGGUAGUCGAACAGCAGUGAUCUUCCUGGUCUUUGCCUUUGCCUUGAAUUACACGCCCCAGGCCAAGUCUGGCAUAAUUGAUCCCGCAGCGAGUGCUCGGUUCUUCGCUGCCGCUGAAGACCAACUGAGCACUGAAAAGGGAGUAAUUCGCCUGAGCAGUGUCCAGGCGAGGCUGGCGCAGUGUCUGUACCUGCUUUCACAUUCAAGAAUCAACCAUUGCUGGAGUCUCUUUGGGACGACUUCACAUUUAAUGGUUGCUCUGGGUAUGCAUCGAAGAUCGCGUGUCGACCAGCACGGGCGGACUAGCCAUAUCGAGCUCGAGUGCCGUAAGAGAACCUUCUGGUGCGCAUAUAACAUUGAUACGUACCUGAGCGCGGCGCUGGGUCGCCCGCGGUCCUUUCACGACGAAGAGAUCGACCAGGAAAUCCCAUCAACUAUUGACGAUGCGUGGAUUACUCCGGAUCGGUUCUUGGAUCUGCCCUUUCCCAGCGAUCGCAUCCGACCGCCACCUAUGGAAACACAGUAUGAGUUAGCCAAACAGUAUUCGAAAGAGAUCAGCGCAUGGCGCAAGACCAUCGCUUACCUAGUCGACAAUCUCGGCCCCGGUUGGUCUCUGAUGCAACCCAUUUUCUUCCGACAAAGCAAUACUCUGAACAUGGCGUGUUGGCACGCUCAGCUCCUCGUACAUCGGCCCUUUCUGCUCCGGAACUUUGCAAGCUUGGCAGACUUGGGAGCUACUCGUCGAAGCAGGACGCCACACAACGCAGAGAAGACAGAAGAGAAUAUUCGUUUGUGUCUAGAGGCCGCUAUGAACAUCGUCAGCCUCGUUGACAGCCUUAAAUCGCAAGAUAAGCUGUACAGCACACUUUGGUUUACACACUAUUUUGCCUUCUCUGCCGUUGUGAUACUCUACGUAUUUACCAUUCAGGAGCGCCACGAACCGUCGCAUGUGUACCUGCCGGCUUUCAACGCGGCGACCAAGUGCCAGCAGCACCUGUCAUCCAUAGCCAUGCCUGGAUCGUUGGCGGAGCGGUACGGAGUUGUCUUGCAGGAGCUACGCUUAGAGAUCCUACGACACCACAGUGGUAUCCAGACCUCUGCUCUCGGGGCUGGGAUUGAUGUUCAACAAGGCGGUGAUACGACCGUUGAUACUUACCGAGCCAUACAAGAGCCCAUCAGCCAGGUUUCGGUCACACUGGGCGAACAUGGCAUGGGCCUGGCCAGUGGUGUUUCAAAUGUUGAUCAGUUAUCUGUAGCAACUGGCGUGGGCUUCGGGAUGACGGACUCCGAUCCCGGGAGCUCCGUCACGGAGAUGAUAGGAUGGGAACAGUUCGAAUCCCUUGAGAGUCUAGUUUACGAAGCCGCCAGCGCCAUCUAA